CUUUUCGUUGUAUAUUUCAUGCUCUUUGCUUUUUCAACACUCCCUAUUUCCUUUGAACCGACACGCAAAGGUAAAUUCAACUCAUUUUCCGGUCAAAACAAACAUGGACGCGCGUAAUCGCUCGUUUUAAUCCCGUUCUUGAUUUCAAGAAAGUUAAAAACGGCACUGGUGUUUUCACUGCUCACAUUCAUGGAUUCAUGACACACCUGGUAUGUACGAAACUCGUGCUGUCUGACUAAAUGAUGUCUGGUGUUUUCUAAUCAGAUCGCCGGUAGUUUUCAUCAACCGUACUUUAGUCAUACUCUUUGCCGAUUCACCUGCACUGCAUGUUAACCACGUCGAUUUUCUGUUGUUUUCCAGUGUAUUUGCGUUGACACGGCACAUGUAGCCGUUUCACCAGCAGAAAUUGUGAAUCAAGCACCAAAUCAGGUUUGUAAGGGCUAAAAACUUUACAAGACAAUGAUGUAAAAAUUUAUUGUAAUUUGUAGUAGUCUAAGAGUAAAUCUCAAACUCCAAAAAUUAUAACUGAGGUCUACGACUAACUUAAUCCUACUUUGAACAAGGUGGUCUGUUACCGUGCCUAAUUGGAUUUGUAACAUACAUUGAUAUGGGUGCCCUGCUGUCAGUUAGAAUUUAAUUUUCUUAUUUAUUUUUUUUUGGUUAUUGAUUGAUGCAUUAAAAAACUUACUGUAGUUUGCUCGAGGAGGUCACAUUUUAAUUAACUUUAUACAUACUGAGGUUAACACUGUGAAAGACUAUCAUUAAUGUCUCUGAGUGAUAUAUUUUCAAAGUUGUUUGCUUCCAAUCUUUAAAAUGUGUUGGUUAGAAAGAAAAAAUCUCAGUUGGUAUGAAAUGAAAACAUACCAUGGAAAGUGCUUGAAUGAUUUUUGAUCAACAAACUCACUCAAUUGCUGUGAUCACUCAUUCUUUUUUUUAUGCAUGGCAGCUCACGAAUAAAAGUCAUUCCAGAACAUUCCCGAUUAAAUAAUUUCUAAAUCUGUCAUAGAAAAGAGGCUUAGCUAUGAAUGCAUAGUAGGGUAUACUCAUGGUGAUUUUUUUUCAUUGCUAAUAGCAAAUAUCUACAGAUCAGGGAACAAUGUCAUUGGAAGUUUUGAACCUUUGCCAAUCAAGAAUGGUGUUUCUUCCAAAUCCUCUGGAAUAUAAGCUUCUUAACUUCAUUGGUAAAGUGAUUUAUGAAAUGUGCAUGUUUUGAACUGAGUAUAAAUGGUAUUCUAUGCAUACUCAUGGUGUUCUUCUUCACGGACAAAGCUGGGCCACAUUUUUCAAAACUUUGUGUAUUGAUACUUAAAGAUAAUUGUGGAUUAAGACUUCACGGAAAAAAUAAUGAGGCUACAAUGAUCCUGGUCUAUAUCUGAUUUUCCUUGCCUACAAUCUGUCGCAAGCUAUUCACUUGCAUGAGGCUCUCAAGGUUGUAAAUCCUAGCAGUAUGCAGGAUGCAUAUCAGCCCUUUAACUCCCAGCAGUGAUUCACUUGUAACUUCUCUCUACAAUAUACAUCCACUAUCCAGCAAACAGAUAAUGAGAGCACUCAAAUGUAUCAGGUAGAAGUUGUUAUCUUGAUCUAACACCAAUUCUUGCAAAUAAUUUACAAGAAAAUGUGUAGCAGCUAGUAGGGAGAAUUAACAAUCAGAUCUUGGGGGUUAAAGGGUUAAAUUUGUGUGUAUUAUUGCAAUAUAGUCUCUAUAGCUCAGGAGUGUGGGUAUCCAGAGAUUCUUCACAGGGACUCAGAAUUUUUGUUUGUGCCAUGUUUAUGCUGCAAAAAAAAAAUUGCCUUCCUUUAGCAAUGGCUGAUGAUAAGUCAGCCUCCAUAGUUCAGGUGUCAGCUCAGCAAAUUUAUAGCAUACCUUAAAACUAUCUUGAUAUGGUUCAAUGAAAAAGAAAUAUCUUAGGUCAACUGAAAAGGUUCCUCUGCCAUACUAUCUUGUCUAUUUAUUAUUCCCUCAAAGAAGCCAAGGAAAGGCUUCUUUGAUCACUGCAUACUGGUGGUGUAUGGUGUUUUCAUGCACUUAAUAUUGCAUUGUGUACUUGAUAACUUUUUUUUUAAUAUAUGGCUCAUAAUCAUUUACUGUUUGUAUGUUUGCAUUUAGGUAAGGGAUUUGAUGAACUUUCCAAAGUGUAUGUGGCCAGUCAUUGUCCUUCAAAAUCACUAGUUGUUGUGAAGCAGACUAAUGUUGAUGUUCAAAAUCCUGCACAGCUGGAAGAUUUAAAGGUCUGUAUACAGAAUUUUAUCACUGUCAUCACAGCCUUCACUGUAGGCAGAGUCUCCCUCCCCAGUGUCUCUCUGGUUUGUGCAGCUUUUUUUUUUGUUAGUCACUGUGGUAGAUCUGGAACUCCCUGAUCAGUCCAUAAGAGCAAAAGGUUAUGCAGCUUGGGGUUGAAAUGAUAAAGUAGAGGCUCUGAGGCCCAAAGCCAUACUUUAAAAUCAAAAUUUAUAGAAUAGAGAAGUAGGUUUUGGCUCCCCAACCAGUCCAUUUUGUUUUCUUUAGCUGAUAGUUUUAUUGUAUAAUCUUAUGUAAUUUGAAACCCCCAUUUUGAAUGAAAUCAGAAAAGCUUCACAGACCAGUUUAAAGUUACUGGAAACUCUCAGAAAGGAGCCCUUUAGGGCACUUAAUGGACAAACUGUUUUUGGUGCUGUAGUUUUUUUUGUAGCUGUUCUUGUUUUGUAAUGUUAUCUUGGAGCUGCUAAAAAACUCCUGUCUGGUCAUAUGGGGCAAGCAGAGUUCUUUGCCAAUGAAGUGACUUUUCUCACAGCCUCUCCCUCUCAGUAAAGACAUUAACAACAAAUAUUGCAACCAGUCUCAAAUAGGGUGCUCAGUUGUAGCUAAUUUUCUAGCCUUGUGGUAGAAAUAGCAUUUUAUUGUCCAGUGGUGUUCUUUCAGAUACUUUCGCAAAACAAUGGAGGUCUGAAUCCCAUGUAUACCUAAGAAAGUCUAAAUACUCCCUUUUAGUAACAUGUUUUCAUUUGUUCUAUGUUACCUCUGCUAAAGUUUUCAGUUGUUGUGCUUUUUACAUUAAAUCUGUCACAGAAUGAAGUGCAAGUGAUGUGGUCCCUCUGUCACCCAAAUAUUCUGCCCUUUUACUGUUCAUUUGUGACCAGGCAUGAGGUGUGGCAUGUCCUCCCUCUAAUGCAGUUAGGUGAGGGUGUCAAUUACUUUGUAUGUGCUUGUGAUUACAAUCAACCUAAAAAUUAACCCAUGAGUCAUCAGAGCCAUUUUUGUUACCACUGACAUCAAAAUUAUAAACAACCAGGCCCUGGUUUUUCGAAGGUUGGAUAACAAUUUAUCCACUGAAUAAAUCUCUAUCUGGUGGACAGCGCAGUACAUUUUGCAUCACUUAUCCACUGGAUAGUGAUUUAUCUGUUGGAUAGUACUAUUUGCAUGCUAUAUGACUGGGCCCUGAUUCAUAUCGGAGUGUAUUCAUAUUCUCAUGAUAAUUAUUAUCUGAAACAUCAAUUUGACCAAUUGCUUUUUGUAGUUUUGAUCUAAUCAUAAAGCUAACCCAACCUUGAUCAAUCUCCCACUUGCUUAAAUCCUACACCAACCUUUGCAUCUGCCACAUGCAAUUUAUAGACAGUCCUUCAACAGCCCUCUAUGGUCCAAAUUUAUGCAAGUUCUGUGUUGAUGAAAUGAUUUCCUAUACUUGGCAAAGGUAAAUAAUCAUGUUCACACUUUUGUUCCCAGGAUCAUGUUCUGAUAUUUUGAAGACAAGGUUUCAUGAUGGUAUGGGUGAAAUUAUUGUUGCUGCAAUUCUCUAUGAGGUCCUGCAAGGUUUAGAGUAUCUUCACAAGAUGGGUAUCAUCCACAGGUAUACUUAAUUCUUUUAAGAAGAAAGUUUUGAGAUCAGCUGAGUGUCAGAAGUAUUCAGCAAUUUCUUUGUUGCUACUUCUUUACCACUUGCUCAAGUAAUCAAAUUCAAACUAAAAACCAAUUGGCACUUGGUGCCUUGAGUUCUCCCAUGGUUCAGGAAGCUUGCUCAUUUUUUCAUUGAGUUCUCAGCCACUCAAAGCCAUAAUAUAUUCUUCUUUUUCUUUUGGUCUGUUGAGAAGGGUGAAACCCAUUUAAAAUUAAAUUUGUCUGUGUGGUCGGUGUGACAAAUCUGUCCAUUUUAUCUCUGUUAGGGCCAUCAAAGGAAGUCACAUUUUACUUGGUGCAGAUGGAACAGUGUGCUUGUCAGGUUUGAGGAAAUCUAUCAUGCUCCUCCAGGAAAGCAAAAGUUCUAGGGUUGCUCAUCAUUUUCCAGCACAUGCAGUUGCUGUUUUACCAUGGAUGGCACCAGAAAUUUUGCAACAGGUACGCUAUGUAGUCUAAAUGGAACUAUAUUUUUGUUUAUUGAAAAGGCUUCAAAUACCCUGUGACUGAAUGAUUAGUUUCCAGGACCUGAAUGGAAAGGGCCAGGUUCAAUGUCUGGCCUGGGUCAGUAUGUUUGUUCUUUGGUGGGACCUCCCCUCCUAAACCAAAAUCUAAUUUCUCAGUAAGGUAUCACUGUUGAAUCAAACACAAGGCUCAUGAGAAAUAAGGAAGUGGUCACAACCUUGAAAAGCUUUUGAUUUUUAACAAGAUCCUCCAUGUCUGCACCCUGGGAAAUGUAUCAAGAACAAUGUAGAGAAUGCGCAUGCUGGUGUUAGGGUGUAAAGGGUUAAUGGGUACCAGUAACAUGUGAGGGAAAGGUGAGGAAAUGCUGAAGGUAACCUAUGAUAGAACUCUCACAUGCGAAGUAACAGCACAAUGAGUCGCUCCACACUGGGGAAAUUUUGACAAGCUGAGCACUGUGGGUCAUUUUGCUUGUGGACAGACUAAACGCUUCUUACUACUUUUAUCAUUUAAAGCUUGCUGCUAAUUUUUUAUUUGAUAAACUAAAAUUUUCUUACUGUUUUAAUACCCUAACUGAGUGUUCAUUACUUUGAGCUAGCAAUGAAUGAAAGUUUUGAUGUGUCAUCAUUAUCAUCGCAGGAUCUUCAAGGUUAUGAUUACAAGUCUGAUAUUUACAGUGUUGGCAUAACUGCUAUACAGUUGGCCAGAGGAACUGUUCCAUACAUUGGAAUGCCACCCACCAAGGUACAACUGAUAUACAUUCUGAUUACACUCACACGAGACAAUCAAAGUGAAAAGUUUAUAUAAAGGUUGAGUCAGUCAUUCCUCUAAUGUUCUCCUCCUGUGACGGGUCAGUCAGUAUUCUUGUAUACGCAUCCUUAUACGAUCUUAACAUGUGUACCCUGAAACAAAGGGUUCUAGAAAAAAUACCUGUGCUAUGUCAGAUGCAAAAACCACUCAAAUAUCAGUCUGGCCAAAAAUAUGUGGGAACGUAUUCCUCAUCUAGUACAGCAACACAAUACCCCGAGGAAAGGGUAAACUAACCUAGUUGCACGACUAAUCAUAAAGAAAAGUCAGUGAUUGUAAUGAUAUUUUGCAAGGAGUUGGAAUGCCAAAAUUACAACAAGGGCAUUUUCACGCAGUUUUAGUCCCUUCAUUCAUGGUUUUCAGUAAGUUUUAAAGUAAGCGGGAAAAGUAUAAAGUAAGCGGCUAUUAUGGAAGUUCGAUUUGUAUUCUAAUAUUACUUGUGUCAGAGAAAAAAGGCGGCGAUUUCGCUUGAUAUAUAUGGCAAUUUUGCUGUUUGCCGACUUUUAUUGCAAACCCCUGUUUGAAGACGAAUAGUCUAACAAAGCUUGACCGUGUUUUAUCGCAGGUAUUGUUGGAGAAACUGAAAGGUAGCACUCCAAAGCUGUGUGACUCACUGGUAAUGAAUGACGUGGACACCUCGGCACAGUUGACUUCAGCUACCGACUCGGGUUUCGGCAGCGACCUCCCUUCCGCCGGUGAAGGAAAAGAGUCAAAUCAAGUCACAUUCCAGGGCCUGUUCUCCCUUGCUUUUCAGCAGGUGGGUGAAAGUAGACCGACUGCCAUCAGUUAGAACUUGCAAGCUGGACGUUUUAGUCCAUGAAUAGUCAAUUUUACAGUUGUGUGCUGGAUUGCCAAGCCUUUGAACAGGUGUGAGGCUAAGGGUGACCUUGCUAUGAUACAAACCUUGCUGCUUUUCAAAUGAAAAUUACUUUGUUAUCAUGCUAACUAGAUACUGGUCUCUAUCACAACAAGGUCACCUUCAGCCUCACUCCAAAUCAAAGGCUUGGCAACUAGGUGCACAACUGUAAAAUGGCCUAUUGGACAGGUCGGCUCUGAGCAUUGACAGAGCGGGAUCAGUCCGUUACAUACUCUUGCGCGUGCUGCCUACGAAUGGCACCAGUGUUUUUAGACGCUAAGGAGUACAUACGAAGGUGCAAAAUGAUUUUCAAUCCCAAGAGAGCACAUCUCUCAUGCCUUUAAUCUAAAGAAAUGGAAUGUUAAUUUCUAUUUACGCUGAUACAUAGUCAGACGUGAUAAAUGGAAAGCUCCCAGCACGUUCUGUAUGCAUGUUGAAAUGUGUGAUAUUUCUAUCUUGCAUCGGCACACACAACAUAACAUUAGGGAGGUAGACACACAAACAGAUUGCAGUGCAGUAAACUUUUUAUGACGACUCUUCCUAUGAAAAAAAAAGGAAAGUUACUCCUCCCUGUCAACGGGCUUUUGACACUGAAUUUUAAAUUCAAAAGCUUGUGGGUUGUGAAUUUGAAUUUCAAGGCGUGGUUCUGUCAGUGAAAAAUGAUUGAAAUUCAUUCCAUGAUCGUGACCUGAACAAAGCCUACAGUGCAGGCGUAUGUUUUGAACUAAAGCAUGAAUGUGCGUUCAUGAAGCAUGCUACGUCUGACGAAGGACUCUUCACGGUGGCCAAUUUACGUUAUCAACGUAGUUGAUAAUCCUAAAUAACCCUUUUAUACUCCCCCAUUGACGCAGCACCACAGCUUCUUUAGAAACUUACGCCCUUUACAAUUUUUUGAGUCAAGUUUGUCGCUCUGCCUUCUUUUCACAGGUUGUUGACUCUUGCUUGCAAAGAGAUCCUUCGUUAAGGUAAAAUGGCACCUUUUAAGUUUUUGAUACCUCUGGUUGAAAGAAUAGGAAACCUUGCUUCCAUUGGUAGGACACAAGAAAGAUAAAAAAAGAAAGAGCAAUCGAUUCCUAUCGCAUUACUGCAAAGAUCGCUUUCAUAUUCGAUUCCUAUUUCCUUAGCGAAAACUGGUAUUGAUUUUGUUUUCCUCUGAUAUUAAACUGAGAUAUUUUGACGAAUAUUUCGCUGGCUUUUUAAAUAUGUUUUGAGAUAUAGAGGCACGAAACACGGCCAAUCAUAAAACAAAGUCGAGGAAAUAAUUAGAGCCCUUAGUUGUAUCGAUGUAAGUAUGUGCACUCAACCGGCCUAAAGCGCGGGAAAAUGUUAGUGCCCUAGUCAUUAUUGGUUGCAGCUGUACUUCUGAUUGGUUGAAAGGGCGGUUCGUUGUUUGUCGACCAAUCACAGAGCGUGACUUCUGUUAGUGAAAAAGACCGCGGUUCUUUCAGUGAAAAAUGACCGAAAUAACACCAAUCACAGAGCAUGAUUGAUGCAAAACAAUUUCAUCUCGCAUCACUUUCCUUAUUCGAUUGAAAACUGUUUCUACGAAGAAAUUCUCGGAUUACCGAUACUACAAGUUGAUUUUGCACGCAGAAACAACCACAACUUUCCUCUUAUUGACAGACCAACAGCUCCCAGCUUGGCAUCUCAUGUGUUCUUCAAGCAGGUAAACAAAUUCAUAGUGAAUGGUUAUGAAGAACUGCGACAGCUCAGAAUUAUUGCAACAUUUUUUGUUAGUGGCCUUUGAAGGAAGAUCAUCUCGCGUUGUCGCGAGCUAAGGCUUAAAGACAAUGCCGUUGGGCUGGGUUCAAAGUCGUUUCUUGGCACGUAGAUCGUAGAUACUAAAUUCGCCUUGUUCUAAAGCCAUGUCUUUUGGAUGGAGAUGGACACCUGAUCAACCGAGACUUAAAUCGUGCGCGUGGCACGUUUUCUGCCUAUAGAGGAGAAAAGAUCUCUGUAAAUUAACCAGACUAAUGCUAAAAUAAAGAAAGGUUUUCUUAGGCAUUUCAAUUUUCUUUGUUUGCAGGUGAAGCGGAAAGCGAAGGAGCUUUUGCCUGAUCUCCUGUCUUCCGUUCCAUCGCUCGCAAACUGUGAGAGAGAUAAACGCAUUGGUAAGACGGAUCAUCUGUGCUCAUUCUUGCUUAACUUUGCACUGAAAUAGUUCCUUUAACUAACCAUUUACACUCUAACAUCAAUAUCCAUACUCUCCAUACUCUUUUCGAUACGUUUCCUCAGGUACUGACGAGGAGGAUUCGUCUACCAAUCAAGAGCCUCUUUAGUUAGUGAUCAGUUCAUUUUUGAUUUAGAGACGAUAUUGUAGGACGAAAUUAGAUGCUAGUUACUCUCAGGGUUUAAGGGGAUAACAUAUGAAAGAUCAUGCAUUACUUGGUGCUUAGAAUAACCAAGGAAAUAAUCGAAGUUAGGCGGUCAUUGAUGAAGUAGCCAUUGAUGUCGAAAAGCGUACCUCGACUUUGAUUUUCCUUGCAGACCAAGAAAAUGCCACUGCGGGUGCAAGUGAAGAUUUAGGAGCCAUCACACUUGAUGAGUGGACAUUUUAAACUGCCACCGUUUAGAAGGUAACCUGGAGGAUGACAGCUUUGGAGAUGUAGAAAAGAAUUGCUAAAUUUCGUAAAGAUCGACGACCCUUUUGCGUCGUGUUUUCAAACUGGGUUGUGGAGGUUCAUUCGCUAAGAGAUACAAGAGACUGAGUACCACACCGUUCACUCCUGGACGAGGAGAUACUGGGCCUGAAGUCAAAGCACGAGGUUCCCUUGGUAUGAAGCGCGGAUGACUUUCAUAAGGCGCGGAGAUAUUUCCGUUGUCGCGUGUUUGAAAGUUUUACCGUUCUGGAGAUUACAGACAAAACUGAGCCUUAAUUUGAUGAAUUGAAUCAACAGAAAGGAUGAAUCCUUUCCUUUUGCUUGCAGUAUCAGGCUGAAACUUUAAGUGCUUACAUAGUACAAAGAUUUUCAAGUUUGAAAUAAAACACUGUUUCGAAGCUACACGUCUUACAAAUGAAGUUUUUUUCUCUUUUAAAUGCCUUAGGUGUUGGGAUCUAUCCUGUUAUCCUGGGUGUUUGCUAAAAUAGAGGAAAAGG